AUGGCGUCCCGUGAUUUCCAGCCCGGAGAUGGCCCUCUCGAGAGCCACCUGCGCAACAUGAUUCUCAGUGGGCCUGACAACGCGGCGAGGCAGCAAUAUACCCAGAACACAGGUCGUUACCCGCCAGUACAACCAGCACCGACUCAAGAGCAGCAGAAUUAUGUUCCGCUCAGCCCUUCGAUGGACGAGAAUGGCCUGCCCUUACCCAAAUCGUCCCGAAAACGGCCGAAUCAAGCACAGCGGCGCCAGAUGUCGGCCCAGCUUUCCAUACCCGUCGAUACGCGGCCACAGUUCCCCGACUUCCAAAGCCAACAUCAGACUCAGCAUCAGAACCAAUAUCAAAACCAACGCGCCCAGCAACCCUUUGGCCGGGGCGGUUAUCGCGGGGGGCGGCAGCCACCACACUCGGGUACCUUUCGCCCCCCUAGUAGAGACAAUGCGCCGCAUGAACGUGGAGGAAACCACCACAGGGGCUCGUUCCGCAACGGGCCACGACAUCAAACGUCGUUAUCUUACCAUGGACCGAACCCGACAGCUCAACAACAGGGCUGGCCCCAGUCGCCCAGGUACGGCUAUCAGAACCCAGAUAUGCAAUAUCAGAUGCCCGGUGUUCCGCCCCAGGCCCCCGGACCCGGCAUCCCAGCGAUGCCUGCUGAACCUCAGUCGAUGCACAGACGGCAAGGCAGUUCCGAAUUUAGCGGCCUCAAAAGACGGCCGUCACUAGGGCCUCAAGAGCUGGAAGCAGCGGACGACUUCCUUGGCGGUCUCUGCAACACCAUCGUUGCAGCAGCCGAGAUCGAGCCGGCGGAAAUCGCAGAGAAGGAAAACUUUCGGCUGAGGAUCGAACAGGUUGCGCGGGGCGUGAUUGCAGGGUACGAGAGGACUCAGAAUGGCUUCACCGACUUCCCUGCUGAGAGCGUGCAGCUCAAGUGCUUCGGCAGUCUGGCGUCGGGGUUUGCGACCAAGGCGUCCGACAUGGACCUCGGGAUCCUCUCGCCUCUGUCGCGCGUCCCGCCUGAUACCCCCGGCUCUCCCAUCCCUAGGCUUAUCGAGAAGGCUUUCUUGGAUAUGGGGCUCGGCGUCAGACUGCUCACGCGGACACGGGUGCCCAUCAUCAAAAUCUGCGAGAAGCCCUCCGAGAGUCUGCGGAGGUCGCUCCUAGCGGAACGCGAGAAGUGGGAGCGAGGUGUGGUGCAGGACGUCGCCGAAGAGGAGGUGGCUGACGGCCCAGAGCCACAGUCGACCGAGCUAGUCGAGCCUAGCGAGCCUGACCACGCGAGCCCAGACGCCCAGGCUCAGGAUUCUCAUGCCCCGCUGGAAGAUACAAGACUACAAGAUCUAAAGCAGGAAACGACACUGCAUAGCUACUACAAUUUCACCAAAAGCUUGAUGCGGAAACUCGGCCUACGCGAACUGGCCCCUACCAACCUCAACCAGUUCACGGCCGACAACAUCAGGCGGCUCAACGAGCUCAACUUGGCGUUUGUCGAGGGGCUAGAGAACAAAACGGUGCGUGACCGCCUGCUGGCGUCCCGCUCUUUGAACCGGGACGAGCUCCUCUCCGAGGGUGACAAUCCCCAUCCUCGGACCUUGACGGGUGUGUUCAACCAGGUGGAGGGCGAGCAUUUGGCUGCCCUAUGGGACGUCCGGCCCUUCUCCGAGAGUUCUGCAGCCCGCGAAGCCGCCGCGGAAAACCAUGUGAGGGCAUGGAGAGCGCUGGUAGAAACCCCCAACUACGGCCUAGACCCGCCUUUCUUCCAAAAGGAGCUGCAGAGCGCAUACCUGAACCUGAAAAGCAUCGCUUCCCUUCAGAUCCUAGCGCUUACUCAGGGGUAUAAAGAAUCCGCAGCUGGGUACUGCGCCCGGGCUCUAAAACUGUUCUACGAAGUGGGUGGGCAGCACCCGCGCCAGAGGGCGGAUAUCAUCCUCAAGGUUCUCAUCGAGAACUACAUUAAUGGUAUCCUGGACAAAGGCAUUCGGGAGCGGCUGCGCGAGUUUCAACAAACCCACCGUGUCACGCUCAUGCGAGCCAUCGGCAACCGGCACAAGAGCCUUCAGCUUGCGCAUGACUAUGAAUCGGCGCUCGAGAAGGGGGCCUUCCACGAACACGUCACGGCCCAGGUCCGGCGGUACGUAGAAAUCCUCAACGCCCCGAUCCCGCCGUCCACAACGACCCAAGACUUCUCACAGGGCAUUAUCCCCAUCUCACCUGAGCUAGCGCCCCUUGUCGCCGAAAUGCGCGCGCUGGGCGAUCCAUUACAACAAGCCCUAGGCCAGUCGCGACCCAAGGACCGAUACAGCGGCGGCCUCGAGUUCCCCAAAUCCGGCGUCGGUGUACAAUGCGACCUCAACUUCUCGGCCCACCUCGGCGUGCAAAACACGCUGCUCUUGCGCUGCUACGCGCACUGCGACCCGCGCGUGCGGCCCCUCGUGCUCUUCGUCAAGCACUGGGCUAAAGUCCGCCACAUCAACACCCCCUACCGCGGCACCCUCGGCAGUUACGGCUACGUGCUAAUGAUGCUGCACUACCUCGUCAACGUGGCCCAGCCCUUUGUGCUACCCAACCUACAACAGCUCGCACGUCCACCCCCGCCGAACCUCACGCCGCAGCAGAUCGAGGAGACGGUCCGCUGCAAGGGGUGGGAUAUCCAGUUCUGGCGUGACGAAGCCGAGAUCAUUCGGCUUGCGCGCGACAACGCGCUGACACAGAACCGUGAGUCGGUUGGCCAGCUGCUGCGCGGGUUCUUCGAAUACUACGCCAAAGGCGGGGGGUCCAUGUCGUUGCUGCCCUGCCGCAGUUUCGACUGGGGGCGUGAAGUUCUCAGUCUGCGCACCCACGGUGGGCUGCUAACGAAGCAUGAGAAGGGUUGGGUCGGCGCAAAGACUGUCAUCGAGGUGCAGUCAACUGCCCCGCCUGCAAGUCCCUCCACAAACCCGGCCACUGUCCUCCCCACCGGUCCUAUCGACCCAGCGCACGCUCCUCAGAUCCAACAACAACAACAACCCCAGGCACAAACACAACCCCAAACCCAGACAAAAGAAAUCCGCAACCGCUACCUCUUCGCCAUCGAAGACCCUUUCGAACUCGACCACAACAUCGCCCGCACUGUCGUCCACACCGGCAUCGUCAGUAUCCGCGAUGAAUUCCGCCGCGCCUGGCGGUUGAUCAAGCUCGCUGGAAAAACUGCGCGGUCGUCGUCUCCUGGGCCUGGCCCGCAGAGGCAGGUACCGGGACAGGUGCCAGGACAGGGACAAGUUCAGCAAGGACACCAAGGGCUGGGGCAGGGACAGGACACGGAACAAGAGAAACUGGUCCGGCUGGCGUCGUUGCAGGCACAGCUUUUGCAGGACGCGGGUGGAGGUGGGGAUGGGGCUCAGGGACGGGAGGCAUUUGGACGGUUGUUGGAUGAGAUUCAUGGGGUUGGGGCGGAGGGAGAGGGGGUGAAUGAGUGA